UGGCCUCUCCCAGUCUUUCCUACAUCAGUAGGCCGAUUAAGGCAGUGUGUUUUUAUUUAAUUAGACAUUCCAGUCGGGAGAAUGACGUGGAGACCGUAAUUAUAGAUGGCUGCUUGGAAGGGAAAGAAUUGCCGCAUUAUUUGAUCGUACUGCGUUUUCCUGGGUGGCCCAAAAGUUUUUUUGACAGCCUUUAAAGAAUGCCUAGUAAGAGAAAAUAACUAUCAUCUGAGCCAGGCAUUCCACUAGGGUCCUUUAUGCGGGUUUUUAUAUAAUUCUCAAAACAACUCUGAGAGUCUUCUGGGCCAAUAUGGCAGUCAAAUGGACUGGUGGACAUUCUUCUCCUAUUCUCUGCCUCAACGCAAGUCAAGAAGGGCUAGUGGCUUCUGGGGCAGAGGGUGGAGAUCUCAUGGCUUGGGGUAAAGAUGGAACUCCAUUAGGACACACACGCUUCCAAGGGGCUAACGAUGUUACCAGUGUCUUAUUCUCUCCCUCCUGCCCCACCAAGCUCUAUGCUUCACAUGGAGAAACCAUUAGCAUACUUGAUGUCAGGUCCCUCAAAGAUUCCCUGGACCAUUUUCACGUGAAUGAAGAAGAAAUCAAUUGUCUUUCACUGAAUGAAACUGAAAACCUCCUGGCUUCUGCUGAUGACUCCGGGGCAAUCAAAAUCCUAGAUUUGGAAAAUAAGAAAGUUAGCAGAUCACUGAAGAGACAUUCCAAUAUCUGUUCCUCUGUAGCUUUUCGGCCUCAGAGGCCUCAGAGCCUGGUGUCAUGUGGACUGGAUAUGCAGGUAAUGCUGUGGAACCUUCAGAAAGCCCGGCCACUCUGGAUUACAAAUUUACAGGAGGAUGAAACAGAAGAAACGGAAAGCCCACAAUCACCUGGUCAGCUUUUAAACCCUGCUCUAGCCCACUCUGUGUCUGUGGCAUCGUGUGGUAAUAUUUUUAGUUGUGGUGCAGAAGAUGGUAAGGUUCGAAUCUUUAGGGUGAUGGGAGUCAAGUGUGAACAGGAACUGGGAUUUAAGGGCCAUGCUUUGGGAGUAUCCCAGGUCUGCUUUCUGCCAGAAUCCUAUUUGCUGCUUACUGGAGGGAACGACGGAAAGAUAAUGUUGUGGGAUGUAAGCAGUGAAGUUGAGAAAAAACAGAAGAGUCCUACAAAACAUACCCACAGGAAGAAAACUAAAAGAGCAACUUAUACGAAGCAGGGUGGAAACACUAAUGCUUCAGUAACAGAUGAAGAGCAUGGCAAAAUUUUACCAAAGCUGAGUAUUGAACAUGGAGAAAAAGUGAACUGGCUCUUGAGUACAAAAAUAAAGGGAUACCAAAAUAUAUUGGUAGCUGAUCAAACUAGUUGCAUAUCUGUAUAUCCCUUAAAUGAAUUUUAAAUCCAAUAAAAACGUUUGAAAAA